AUGGUACGUGAUCACUUCAAAGACGUAAUGAUGCAACGAAGAAAUACCUUCCCGACGGGCAAAUUAUUUAUGGAUAAAAACGGCUUUCGACAUUUUUGGAAAGGUCUAGAAAUCAUACCGAAUUUACGGAAAAAUAUCCAAGCGAAAAACAUAAGUAGAAAUACACGCAAACAACCAAAUCGCAAGAAAAAGGUUUUGGAAAAGGUGUUUUUGCCGAAUAUCAUGCCUAAACAGAUGAGGGAAGGCAGUAAUUUGGUGAAAACUACAUUUUUCUGCCCAUUUUUUGGUAUUAUGACCAUGUUGACUGAUGUUAACAUGGAAGUAGAAGAACCUAAACAAGAAUAA